GUCCCUCCCAAAUUCAAAACAUUCCUCUGCAGCAAAGACGCCUAUUAGCACUAGAACUAGUAGAGUAUUACACCCCAAAUAUCUUGCAUUCCCGGCAGUACAACAAACAAUAAUGGAUAAUCAUUUUCGGACUCCACCUCCACCUCCACCGCUUCAAGGUCAAGUCCCUCUUCCACCAAAAGUAGAGGAGGUAAUAAACAGAAUCUGCGCAGAAAAGCACCAUGAUCCGCCGGAUCACUUGGCCCGGAAAAAGCUGGCACAGGUGGGUGAAGAAGCUGCUCUUGAUGUCGUGAGGAGCAUUUACAAUACCCCGAACCCCAUCCGAACCUUGAGCGGUUACAUUACACAUUUGGUCAAUCAGUCAGACUGUGGAGGUGCUGGCGCUAGUUGUAGCCAAGUAGCAAAAGUCUCUUGUGCUACCACUACUGCUGCUCCAGAGGGAUCUAUUCCUUACUAUUUCUCUCCUCUGAAACGCCCUUUGCCCUCAUCACCUUCUGCUUCUCCUAUAUCUCCCCAAAAUGGUGAAAGCUCUGGCUAUCAGAAGUUGGACCUUCAUGUGGGCUCACCCUCAUCAUCAAAUUUACCAAUGGCAAAGGCUAGCAAAGUUAGUCGCCAGCUACAGUUUUCUGGUGAACCUGAGUGUAAUGAGGAGAAGAUAACUCCUGAGGUUUUCAGCUACCAGAGGACUAUCUUAACUAGUAAACUGGAGUACAGAAAGCUAUUCUUAAUUUACAGUUACAUUGGAAGGAGAAAGUUCGAAGAUGUUGUCAGUGAUGAUGAUGCAGACAAAAUUUUGGAGAUGAAAGAUCUCCCGAUGGGUAAUUUUGAAUCCCGCAUCUGGGAUGCUUAUGGAAAGCGAUACGUUCCAGCUGAUAGAAGACAGAGCACCGAGUGGGAUACCGGGAAAACGCAUCGGUAUUAUUGUUACGUAUACGCAGAUGGAAGUUGUUCUUUUAAGGGACCUUGUUUGGAUACUACAUCAACUCAUCUGCAAAGAACAUUAGGAGACGACAAUAUACUAAUUGUCAAGUUUGCUGAAGAUGGAAGGAGUUCUAUUGACAGGAUUUUAAAGGAAGGAAUCCUUGUUGGUUUGAGAUGUUACAAAUUUUUUGUUAUUAAAGAUGAAAGCAAAGGUACCAAGAAACAAAAGGAGAUGGAGAAGGAUAAGACUUCACUUUCUCCUGCUGUUAGAUGCUAUUUUGUUAAUUAUGACUCUAUUGCUGCUCGUGGUAAUAGUGAAUCAUAUAGUUUGUGUCCAUCGAACUUAAACAAAGCUAGAUGCCAUUUUAUGCACGUUCAUAUGGUAUCUAGCUUGGCAAAAUACAUGGCAAGGUUUUCGCUGAUAUUGUCGAAAACAAUUAAACUUCCUGUUGAUCUGUCUAGCAUUGUUAUUGAGACAAUUGAAGAUAUACCUUGUCAUGAUGAAAAUGGUGAUGAAAUCCGUGAUGAAGAUGGAGAAGUGCUUGUACUCACAGAUGGAACUGGUUUCAUCUCAGAAGAUUUAGCUCUGAAGUGUCCCCAAAAUUUUUGCAGUGCAAAAUUUUUGAAGGAUAACGAUUUUGAGGAUGUGCUGCAUCAAGAAAGAAGAGUGGAAGACUGGAAUAGGAAACCGCCUCUACUGAUGCAGUGCCGUCUGUUCAGUAGAGGUUUGGCAGUCAAGGGAACACUUCUUGUCAAUAGAAAGCUUGAUGCAGGAACAAUUCAGAUCAGAUCCUCCAUGGUGAAGGUCGAGAGGGAUAUCAGGUGUCCUGUUACUCCAACAUUUGACUCACUUGAAAUUGUAGCAAUAAGCCAUAAACCAAGGAGAUGCCAGCUAUCAAAAAAUUUGAUUGCUCUACUGAGCUAUGGAGGAGUGCCAAGAAACUUUUUCCUGGAUAUUUUGAGAAAUGUUCUUGAAGAGACGCAAGCGUUAUUUACAAACUUGCAUGCAGCGCUUAAAGUUUCUAUCAGAAAUGGAGAGAUGGAUGAUGGUUGGACUACCGCAAGAAUGAUAUUAGCUGGAGUGCCUCUCAGUGAGCCUCACCUUCAGGAUCGUUUAGCUAAACUGGCAAAUUUUGAGAGGAGAUCACUUAAAAAAGGAAAGCUCCCCAUUAGUGAAAGCUUUUACGUGAUGGGAACAGCUGAUCCAACGGGCCUGUUGAAAGCUAAUGAAGUCUGUGUGAUCUUGGAGAAUGGGCAAAUAUCAGGAAAGGUACUAGUAUACAGAAAUCCUGGUCUUCACUUUGGUGACAUACAUGUCCUUGAAGCAGUGUAUGUGAAGGAGUUGGAAGACGUAAUUGGUAAUGCCAAAUUUGGCAUAUUUUUCUCCACCAAAGGACAGAGAUCAGUAGCAAAUGAAAUUGCCAAUGGAGAUUUUGAUGGUGAUAUGUAUUGGGUUUCCAGAAACCCGCAGCUUUUGAAGUACUUUAGAGCCAGUGAACCAUGGACUCGAGUGUAUUCAUCUCCACCAGCAGAAAACAAGAAGCCCAGUGAUUUUUCAGCUGAAGCAUUAGAAUAUGAGCUUUUUCGACUCUUUCUAGAGAAGCAGAAGCCAAGCUUUAACAUGGCUGUUGCUGCUGAUAGCUGGCUCGCAUUCAUGGAUUGUCUUUUGGUACUUCGGGAUGAAAAUGCUGGUGACACAGAUGGUCUAAGGCAAAAGAUACUUAAAUUGGUUGACAUAUAUUAUGAUGCAUUAGAUGCACCCAAAAGCGGAAAGAAGGUAAAUGUUCCCAACGACCUGAUAGCAAAAAGUUAUCCACACUAUAUGGGAAAAGGAAACAGCUACCAUUCUACAUCCAUCCUGGGGGAUAUCUUCGAUCAGACUGAGCAGUUUCAAUCUGAAAGGCGCUCUAUUGGAGAAAUAUGGAAGCUGCCUUGUUUCAAUUCACGCAUCCCUGAAGAGCACCUGAGCAUGUGGAGGGCGAGGUACGAUGAUUACCGGUAUGAGAUGCGAGACGCAUUGGAACAAAAUCCCGCCGCCGACGAUUUGAAGAACAAGGCCGCAGACAGAGUGAUCAAGAAAUACAAGGAGUUGCUGUAUGAAGCGGCAGAGUUGCAGGAAAGUAAGAAGAAGAUGGAAGAAAUCAAUAACGAGGCGCUUGCCAUCUACCAUGUGAGCUAUGAUCAUGCCAUAGGUCGAGGAUGUAUUAGCAAAUGCAGUUUUGCUUGGAGAGUGGCGGGUUCUGCUCUCUGCAAUCUUCAUGCCACAAACACCAGCACCAACGAAUAUCCAACGCUAGUUGUACCAUCAGUCCUCCGGAAUGCUUUAUUUUAGCCCCCCAUUCUGCAACUAUUUUUUUUUUUUGGCUUCUUCUUUUUUGUUUUUUUGAAGUUUGUAAGCGUGAAAAUAUUUAUGUUAAUGUCAGUAGUGCGCUCGACUUCCCUAUAUGUAGAAUGAUUAAAAUUAUCAAAAAAUAACUUUGAAUUUUAA